UUAGAAUACUUGUCUGGUUUCUGCAAAUAUGACAGAUUGACUGACUUCAAUCGCAAAACGCCGACAACUGCAAUCAUUUUGUGCUUUCACAUCGAAAGGAUGCUGUCGAUGGUCAUGAUUGCGCAGAAGGAAAACGUCAUUUUAAACCUUUAGGCAUGUUAUCAUGCCGUAGUUCGAAUAACUCAUGUUUAGACUUUUGGUGUAACUUAAUAACCAACGAAAGAGAGGUUCAACUCAUGAUCGACAGGGAAGUUCAAGAAAAAGUGCUAAAAAGAUCAAUCUGAUUUCAUUGUUUGACAAUCAACUUGGUGAAGGAAUCAUAAUGAAAAGACUGCGUUUGACUCAGGCGAUUUUCCCUUUCUUCCUUGGCGCCAUAUUUAUGUACAGCGUACAAAUUCUAUACAGUUAUCCAUCACUGGAUAAAUAUUCUAGCUCUCGGGUGCGAGCCAUCGAGGAGGGGUAUGGGGAUCGAGUCCCGCGAGGAUAUGGAUGGAAACACAAUGAUAGGUACAGACCAUGGAAGGAUCAUCCCAGGGACAAGGUGGUGGAUUUUGGAGGAGCAAGACGAAAACGAAGUAAGUUUGAGCUGAUGAUAGAUGAGGCGGAGCAACUCAUGGCUCAAGGCACGGAGAAUAAAAUGCUUAGAGACAAAAAUAUAGAAGAGAGCAAGAAAAACACGCAACGUAAUCUGAGAGACGACCAUGCUGAGCGUCGCUUGGCCCAGGAUGUCAACAAGGACAAUUGGUUAGAUAGAGACCCAGAAACAAAAAUGAGCGAAAAUCAACCUGGACUACGGAAGAAAGAAGAGGAGCACCAGAAGGCCCAGGUCGUCAAGGAGAAAAAUAUUAUUUCAGUAAAAUACACAGAAACAAACGAUAGCAAAGAGAAUAUUCAACAUACAUUGAAAGAUAAAAAGAAUAUUCAACAUAUACCACCACUGCAGAGAAACAAGACGAAACAUCUUCCAAAUGAGAAUGUCAAGGAGUCAGUUAGAAAGCCAAAAACUGCAGAUCGUCAGAAGGAUGCCCAUUCUGCCCAUAAAGACAAAAAUAUUGUUAUCUACAACAAAGAUAUCACUAUACCCAAGCACGAACAUUACGUGGAUGAACCAGUUGAUGCCCACAAUUAUGCUUACAUACAUAAACCAAACGUUUGUUCUAAGGCGGAUGGUAGGAGGGUAAGGGUCUUGCUUAUCUUUAUGGUAACCACAUCCCCUAAGAACUUGGAGAGAAGGAUGCUGAUUCGUGAUACGUAUGGAAAUAGGCGCAGAUGGCCCGCUCUUUCAUCUGGGGUAUUUCGGACUGUCUUUCUUUUAGGCGCGGUUGAGAACAAAACCAUACAAAACAGCAUCCGCAAAGAAUCGGAAACCUACAGGGAUAUCAUCCAGGAGGACUUCCUGGACAGCUACGCGAACCUGACCUUGAAGACAGUCAUGGGACUGAAGUGGGUGGCGAACCAUUGCAGGCAUGCCAAGUAUACCAUGAAGAUAGACGACGAUUCAAUGAUUCACCAAGCUCGACUGCUUGGGCUGCUAAAGAAUGCCACUUCCGUGAAGUUCACUGCUGCAGAAUCGCUGAUGAACGCCCCAGUGCUGCGUAACACGAGCAGCAAGUACUACAUCUCUGAGACCUACUACCCUGCGCCAACAUAUCCUCCUUAUUUGAACGGACCUGGGUAUCUGAUAUCGACGGACCUUACCGAAGGACUAUACAAAGUUGCUAUCAAGACGCCUCUGUUUCCUUGGGAAGACGUUUUCUUGGGGAUUUGCUUGAAGCGCCUCGGGGUUACACCCAGACACGUUCCUAAUUUCAUGCACAUUGUAGCCAGAGAGCUACGGAACAAGAAAAGAGCAGUAAACUUGUUUAAAAGCCACACUGUGGUUUCGAACCUGCGACCUACAGAUAUGAUGCUCAUGUGGACCACUACCCGAAUAAGGAUAAAAGGCAAUAUAAAAAGCAACAAUAAUUUAAUAAAAUCCUGAUUUUACUGUAUGUUUGUAUCAUUUUGUAUUCGGCCUUUUCAAUUGACAAGUCUUUCUUUCUAAUAAGACAUAGUUUUACGUAUUUGAAUGUGAUUUAACUUCACUUGUAUAUUUUUGUUCAUGAUAUUGGUGAAAAACAAAACAUUUACUGUUGUCAGUUAACUUUAAAACCCACUCACCUAAAUCUGCAUACCUUGACAGCAAUCUGUGUUCGAUUCAUAAUAACGUAAGAGAUGGUACCGCACGUUAAUGAUUGAAUAUAAGAAAGUAAUAAUAAAGUUAAUAACGAAAUACCAAUGAGAUAGCACCUCUAACGACACAAUCACGAUCAUUCCAGUAAUUUUAAAAAGAUGUCAGUAUUAUAGUUAUGUAUGUUAAGAACUCUCUAUGUUUGCUAAUUUUUAUAUGUUUAUUUUUUAUUUAUGUUAAAGAAUUUAUCAUGGCCAAAUCACCUUAGAUAUUGUCGUGAAAUUGCGUUUUGAAUUGUGGCUAACUAUGACUAAUUCACUGCAGAUUAAGUUUGAACCAAUCAGAUGCAAUGAUUUAAGCAUUUUUGUAAGAUAAUAUUAGUCAGUGAAAACCAUCAUUUGUUUUACGCAAUGUUCCCCAGGUAGUUGCAUAACAAUAUUGAAUCAAUUUCUGUAACACGAAACACGUAUUUCUCAUAGUGGAUCAAUAUGGUUGCAACAAGGAAAUUUGAUUGAAAGCUCAUCAAAUGAUUAGAUGAGAUGAGGAAACAAUAAACGAGAGGCCUUGCAAUUCUUUGACCCCUGUAAUCUUUCUCCUACCCCUCCCCCAUGAAAAUACACUAGUGACGACUUUGCAUUUGUAUAAUGAUUUCUCGAUUUUUUCUCCAUUAUAUAUAUAUUGAAAUUAAUUUUAUGUUGGUGUAGACGUUGCUUUUCAUCAAUGUUUCUCAAGACAAUUCGGUGAAAGUAAGAAGAAAAAAAAAGAACCCCCAAACGGCCCCAUGCAAGUAUGAAGAUAGAUUGUAUUACACACUUGAAAUUUCAAUUUUCUGUGUAUAAAGGCUUGAAAAGGUCCCCCAGUAUUAUUUUCUCAGGACAUUCAAAAGUCAUAAUUUGCAUAGCGCGUGGCUAGGUCUCUCCUAUCUGCCUAUGCAAUAUUGUCCAUUAUACCGAACAAAAAGUGGCUUCAAAAUGUCAUUUCACUGAUCAAAAGGGAAGAACAUCGUUUUGUUUGAGCUUUGUCAACAAAAUACAAUCGCUUUUUCAUUCCGUUGUAGCAUUGAAGUAGCUGACUUGCCGACUGUCUCUAUCAGUCUAUUGUAUUUCUGACCGCCUUACUUGUUAAGUAGGUCAUACGUUACGUAAUUAUUAGUUUGCACUUCAGAAAAAGAAUAUCAAAAGUUAGGGAAAAUGUAGCAUCACAACCAAAUAUUUUGUUCUUUGUCUACAACUGGCAAUCCCACACACGAACGUUUUUAGUCUUCCAUUAUUGAUUUGUAGAAUCUCACUUAAAAUUGUUAUCAAACGAGGAAGACAUCUUGGUUGCUUCGGGGAUUGCUUGAGCUCAGUGAUGGGGGUACUGCAUGAGCUACGAAGUAAUCCAUAGCAAAGACGCAAUGAAUAACAUAUAUAUGUGUUUUCGUGGCUGCCUGUUCUAUAUCACGUAGAUCUCAUGUCAAAAGGUAUCUUCAUGCAGAUUCAACACAAUUCUAUGUCUGGAAAUCAUAAUUAAUUUAUAAAAGCCGUAAAAUAUUCAGGUUAAAUUAUAAUAAAAGAUAAAAAGGGUAUCAAUUUCAAAACGUAUGCAUAUUAGAUGUACAGGUCUUAUAGUUCUUAGUUCUUAUGAUUAGUGCACUGGUAAAAUAAUGAGAAAAAUUUGCUCAGGUGGAAAAGGCAAAUAAUUUUGAAAGGAAAAAAGGUAAAUUAAAUAU